CUGGUAGAGAAGGGCUGCUGUUCAGACAUGCAUUAUGUGGGAGGGGAGAAGAGGGGAAAUGGGUGGGUGAACACUAAUGUUACCAGAUGCAAGAUUUGGCGUGCUUCCCCUCAACUCUGGUAUGUGGUCUCUCAAGCCACUUUCACAGAGCUCAGACCAUAUAAUAUGUCUCUUUCCAUGACGCAGCAGACAGAAUCUAAACUGGAGACGAGAAGAGCAACUCAGCAAAGAAAACUGUUGAACUCAGAAAUUCACUGCAACUGAAGAAGAAGAAGACUGCAGCUGGCUUACUGGUCUACCUUCUGAUACAACAGCCACACUGCAACUACAGUCUACAGAGUCAAGAUCAUCAUGAAUACUGCAAUGACUGUUAUUGUUCUUCUGGUCUGCUCAGACGUCAUCUACAUGAUACAAGGGAGAGGUAUACAAUAUCCUCGAUGCCGCUGUCCUAAAGUACACGCAGGGGGGGUGAAUAUCAGGUUAAUCAGGAAACUGACCUAUUACCGUCCUCGCUCACACUGCUCUAAGGAAGAAGUCAUUGUCACACUGAAAACCAGGGGUUCGCUCUGUCUCGACCCAAAUGGGAAUUUUGCCAAAACACUGAUUGAAAGACAAAUCAAAGUAAAUCAACAGCGUCAGAAUCAACGUUCCAUUGAGACUCUCUCCAAACAUACCACCACUAGCACUUGAUCACUCUUUGUCUGGCACUGGAAGCUGUGCCAACCUGCAACCCCUCUGCUGGCUUAUCUUUGAAGUGGGGUUGGCCACAGUCAAGUCUUGAAUGGGUGAUCGUAACCAGAACAAGUGGUGUUGGAGCACCAGUAGGGGGGACUGUUUCCUCUGGUCCAAAGAGACUUCAAUCAAUGAGUCAGGACAGUGAUAGGGACACUGACCUAGAAAGUGGCUGUCCUUUUAAUGUGUUUAUUAUAUGUAGGUAUUUAUAUUUUAUAUUUAUACAGUAUAGACCUUAAGGAAUAAUGUAAUAGUAUUGUUGAUAUAAAACCUGUAUUUGAUAUAUUUAUAGUCACGUAUUAUUUCUUCAAAUAAAACAAACAUUUAUGGGACAUAGAUUACUUGUUUUCUCAACAAUCUGCUAAAAAAUGUGUUGUAUUUGUACUUAAUAAAAAAAUGUAUAUAUGCAUAUCACACCUUGAGCACUGCUCUAUGGCUGUACUGUUGGUCAAAUGUAGUUCAUUUAAUUAAACUUUUAAUUAAACAGCAUACCUGUUUUGCCAA